AUGCGCUUCAGAACUCUAGAAAUCAGGUGGCACGACAGCAAACCUAUUUCAACCUGCGACUUCCAGCCCAUUUCUUUCAAGAAGGCGCGUCCAGGUCCAGGUCAAGAGAAGAACUACGCGGGUCAGUCGUACCGUUUAGCCACAGGCGGGGAGGAUAACCACGUUCGGGUGAGUAUCAUUAAAGGACUUUAUGCGGGAUAUCGCCUGACAACCAGGCGGCUGAUUGAGUACUUGGCGACUCUGAGUCGCCAUUCAGCAGCAGUCAAUGUAGUGCGAUUCUCACCAAAUGGCGAACAUAUCGCGUCGGCUGGUGAUGACGGUAUGAUUAUCAUUUGGGCGCCCUCCACAAGCCCGCAACCAACCACCUAUGGGAGCGAUCUAAGCCCAGAGGAUUUACAACACGAAAAGGAAUACUGGAAACCAAGAACAACUUUCCGCUGCACAACCAUGCAGGUGUACGAUUUGGCAUGGAGCCCUACUGGAGAGUACAUCAUUGCUGGUAGCACAGACAACGUCGCAAGGGUCUUUUCCGCUGUGGACGGUAUGUCACUUUUCCCUUUGUUUGACAUGCUGGCAAUGAAACCUACAGGGAAAUGUGUUCACGAAAUCGUCGAGCACUCUCAUUAUGUUCAAGGAGUUGCGUGGGACCCUCUGAAUGAAUACAUUGCAACCCAAAGCAGCGACCGGUCUAUGCACGUCUACCGCAUCUCUACCAAACAAGGCGCCUUUGAAGCCCACGCUGUUGGUAAAAACACACGUAUGCCACACAGGCACUCGCGUACACCCAGCACCAGCCGACCACGGAUCUUUACAAAUUUCUUCAGACGCUUGACGUUCAGCCCAGAUGGUGGUCUCCUUCUUACCCCCGCUGGCCAGUUCGAAGACCCCUCUUUUACUACUACUUCAACCCCAGCGACUGCAGCCGCAACCUCCCCUGCAUCUUCGGUAUACAUCUAUUCUCGAGCCAACUUUGCUCGACCGCCCAUCGCUCAGCUGCCGGGACACAAGAAAGCUAGUGUUGCAGUCCGUUUCUCUCCGAUUCUUUAUGAGCUAAGACAUGGCUCUGUCUUUGCCUUGCCGUAUCGCAUGCUAUUUGCUGUGGUAACGAUGGACACGGUGGCAAUCUACGAUACACAACAAGCUGGUCCUGUGUGCUUGCUCACAAAGUUGCAUUAUGACGAGUUCACUGAUAUGACUUGGUCACCAGACGGACAAUGCCUGAUGCUCUCUUCUCGCGAUGGAUAUUGCACCCUCAUCAUCUUUGACGAGAUUCUGCCUUCACACCAAAAGCAACAACAUGCACUCCAGCUCCAAUCUAUUGCACAGCAUCACUCCCUUCCCCUCUCCUUUGCCUCUUCUCAUCACAACAACAACCAUAACGUCUCUGGAGCUGGCCCAUCCUCUACAGUCGUUACGCCCGCAGCUACGCCCUCUUCCAGCACUAUCGGUCUGCCUUUUGUGCGCGAGAGCAGCUAUACCACUCCGACGUUGUCAAGGAAGAGGCAUGAGCCGCCUCUGACGCCGACUGCUAGUGUGGAUGGAGGUGAAAAUGCGUUGGAUUUCUCAUCCUCGUCGUCUUUGGGUGGUCUUCACCAACAAGGGGACAUCAUGGUUUUGGACAAGGACGACGGAGAAGCAAAAGAUAAGAUCCAGGAGCCCCCGAAGAAGAAGAGGCGCGUGGCGUUGACGAGGGUUGGCGAUUUGGAUUGA